AUUGCAUUAUAAAUGAAAGUAUAAAAACACAUUUUUCAUUUCGCUUGACAAGCUUUUCACAUAUCUCGCCGAACAUAAACUGUUUUGUCAUUAUGUGCAGCAGAUGAACUACAAGUACAUGGAUGCAAUACGCAAGCAAGCUGUUCGACGGAGGGUGCAUGCGGCCAGUAGGGUAGAUAGCGUAGUACUGUGUGAAAUAUCCUACCUCUGACUUUAAUGGUGGAAACCGUUUUUCACUUGUGUUUGUAGACAUGCCUAUGAAAGGACGAUUCCCCAUUCGGAGAACAAUAGAAUAUCUUCAGAAAGGAGAGAUUGUCUUCAGAAAUGCAGUGAAGAUCAUGACUGUCAAUUACAACACGCAAGGGGAGCUAAGCGAUGGGGCAAGGAAGUUUGUGUUUUUUAAUAUUCCUCAAAUUCAGUACAAAAAUCCUUGGGUUCAAAUCAUGAUGUUCAAAAAUAUGACUCCAUCGCCAUUCCUCAAGUUCUACCUUGACAAUGGUGAGCAGGUUCUGAUGGAUGCAGAGGGGAAGGACUACAAAGAAAUCACAGCACAUGUCAAGAAGAUCAUGGGCAAGACUCCAGAAGAGCUAGAGGAUGAGGCCUUGGCCAAGAUGGUGGCUUCAAACCCAGCCAACUUUGGGCCCAAGAAGUAUUGCCUGAGGGAGUGUAUGUGCGAGGUUGAGGGGCAGGUGCCCUGCCCAGGCCUGGUGCCACUGCCGAAAGAAAUGACAGGCAAGUUCAAGUACAAGAUGAAGGCAGCCCAGAGCUGAGGGAGAGGAGUCGGGACCCUUGUAUAUACUGGACUAUGCACGCUGCUGAUUGUGUUUUUUU